AUGGACCACGAGAGCCUACGAACGGCCUCGACAUACCUCAACAAUCUCUUGCAGGCGCGAGGAUUACUACGGAAUGGCGAGCCGGUUGAUUUCGUCAAGCCUUCGAAGGAGAGCCGAGCCCAGAUCAUCAACCUCGUUCACGACCUGAUACUACGCGAAGACCGCGACAAAGACCGACAAGACCAUGUAGCUCAGACUAUACGACACCUACGAUCGGAAGAUGCACGGAAAAUGCACGAAAUCGAACGUCUGACCAGCCAGAAUGAAGAGUCGGGCCGGGCAGCGGCGCAAGCCCAAGCAGCAGAGCGUGCUGCACAGAACGAGGUGAAGAAGGUGGAGAAGGCCAUGAAGGCGCUUCAGGACCAGGCGACAAAGCUCAAGACAACACUGGCGCAAGUCAAGACGCAGUGUACGAAUGAUGUGCGCAAACGAGAUCUGGAACUGGCGCGGCUCAAGACGUACUUGCAAGGACAACAGCGAGGCAACAGAGCGGGCAUGACAGCACCGAGUAUGACAGUGAAGAAGCAAAUCAAUGGUUCAUCAGCGCACAAUCUCGAAGACCCAGAGUACAGCUUGCGGCAAGAGACGACGGAGUUUCUGACACAACUAAGUCAAAGCCUCAGCGAUGAGAAUGACGGCUUGAUCAGUCUUAUUCGCAACGCGCUUGGUUCGCUAAGACCGCUGCUGGGUGUACCAGAAGGGACGAAGAAGCAUCCUGACAGCGCGAUGGGUAGUAUGGGAAGCGAGGAGGACAUCAAUGGCAAGCAGAAAGGUGCUCAUAGCAUGCUCCAUGCUUUGCCGACUUCGUACGAAGCGCUGUCUGCCGAAAUAGAAUCCACACUCGAGCAACUCAAGACCAUCCUGACAAACCCGAAUUUCGUGUCCAUGGAAGAGGUGGAGGUGCGAGAAGAAGAGAUUGCACGUUUGCGUGAGGGCUGGGAUCACAUGGAGAAGCGCUGGCGAGAUGUGUUGUUCAUGAUGGAGGGCUGGCUCAAACGCAUGAACACGGGUGAUAGUAUCAACAUCGACGACUUGCGACAAGGCAUGGGUCUCGUCUCACCAAACCGAGAACGAAACGAGGAGCGGGCGACAGCGGGCGACAACAGCUUGAUGGACACGUCAACGAGCGAAAUCAGACUGCCAGACAUCGAGGAGGUCACCGAGGCGAGCAAGAUACGCCUUUCUCCACCUGACCGGUCAGUCUCAACGAGAGGAAGCCCUCCAAAGAGGAAGCACGAUGUGCUCGAGCCGCCAGCGUUCUUCGAUUUGAGGCCGCCGACCAAUGCAAGCAAGUCCGCACCACCUUCUCCACCAAAGCAUGGAUCGGAUCCUCGCCCUGUGAGCUACAGUGACGAAGCAGCUUCUCUACCUUUGGACGAUGACUACGAGAGCGAAGACCUCGAAGUGCCUCAGAUGACAAUCGCAGAGAAGUUAAGCGCUGCUCAAGAAGAAGCGGAGCAAGCUGCAGCCAAUGCAGCCAAUGCACGUGAGAGUAAAGGCAAAGCUACUAGGCGAGAACAGGUACCGACGGCGAAAUUGAAUGGGAGCUUGGAUGAGCUAUCGAAUGAGAGGGACGAUGACACGCUGGGAAAGAUGCCGAGUCCGAUGGGGAAGAGGACGAAAAUCAAGGGCAGGCCGAAGAAGAGGAAGAGCACGUUGACUCCGGACGAGUUUGCGAGCUUGAUCGUUGGCGGUGAUGACUAG